UCUCUUCAUUUUUACACAACAUUUUCUACAUGUUCACACAACAUUCUCUACAUGUUCACACAACAUUCUCUACAUGUUCACACAACAUUCUCUACAUGUUCACACAACAUUCUCUUCAUGUUUACACAACAUUCUCUACAUGUUUACACAACAUUCUCUACAUGUUCACACAACAUUCUCUACAUGUUCAUACAACAUUCUCUUCAUGUUUGCACAACAUUCUCUUCAUAUUUACACAACAUUCUCUACAUCUUUACACAACAUUCUCUACAUGUUCACACAACAUUCUCUACAUGUUCAUACAACAUUCUCUACAAGUUUACACAACAUUCUCUACAUGUUCACACAACAUUCUCUACAUGUUCACACAACAUUCUCUACAUGUUCACACAACAUUCUCUACAUGUUCACACAUCAUUCUCUUCAUUUUUACACAACAUUUUCUACAUGUUCACACAACAUUCUCUACAUGUUCACACAACAUUCUCUACAUGUUCACACAACAUUCUCUACAUGUUCACACAACAUUCUCUUCAUGUUUACACAACAUUCUCUACAUGUUUACACAACAUUCUCUACAUGUUCACACAACAUUCUCUACAUGUUCACACAACAUUCUCUUCAUGUUCACACAACAUUCUCUACAUGUUCAUACAACAUUCUCUUCAUAUUUACAAAACAUUCUCUGCAUGUUUCUACAACAGCAUCCAUGACUAAAAC